CUGGUGGACCAACAAAAACCAGUGCAGGACCAACAACUACGGCUGCGAAAACUGCAAGAACAACGGCAAGACCAACAAAAAGAUCCACAACUCCACGGCCAACAACAACAUCUGUGGGAUCAAAAACGACUGCAGGACCAAAAACGAGAACUGCUCAACGAGAAACAAAAGCUACAGGACCCACAGCAACAACCUCUGAACUACCAAAAACAACGCCAACUGCUGAACCAACAACUACAAUUGCUGGAACAAGAGCUACAACUGCAGGAACAUCAACCACUGCAGGACCAACAACAACUGCUGGAACAAGAGCUAAAACUACGGGACUGACAACAAAAACUGAUGGACCAACAACGACAACUUCUGAACCAACAACAAUUGCAGGACCGACCACUGCUAUUGCAAGACUAUUAUCCACUACAGUAGGAACAACAACAACAACAACUGCAGGACUAACAAAGCCAACUGUUGAACAACCAACAACAUCUGCAGGACCAACAACUGCAGGGCAAAAGACUGCAGGGCCAUCAACUACUACAGUAACAUCCACAACAACAACUGCAGGACAAAAAAAGACAACUGCUGAACAAACAACAGCAGCAGAAAAAACAACAUCUAUGACAACAGAAGACACAACUGCAGGAACAACAAUAACAACUGCAAGAUCGACAAUUUUACGGCCAACACCAACAUCUGCAGGAUCAAAAAUGACUGCAGGAACAAAAACGACAACUGCUCAACGAAAAACAAAAGCUACAGGACCCACAACAACAACCUCGGAACUCCCAACAACAACAACGCCAACUGCUGAACCAACAACUACAAUUGCUGGAACAAGAGCUACAACUGCAGGAACACCAACCACUGCAGGACCAAAAACGACAACUGUUGAACAAACAACAACUGUGGAACCUACCACUGUUACUCCAAAAAUACUAACUAUUGCUGCUGGACCCACAACAACAACUGCAGGACCAACAACGCCAACUGUAGAACCAACAAC